AUGAAGCUCACCACCGCCUCCCUUCUCCUGGCUGCCAGCUCGGCUCUCGCCGUUCCCACCAGCAUCAAGCGCGACAGCUACAUUCAAAUCAGCGACUUCUGGGCCAAAGCUGCUCCCUCAUCCCCUGGUGCCUUCAUGCACUUUGUAGUUACCGAUCCAAACUACCCAGGGGACACACCCACCGACUGCAACCUGAUCUGGACCUACGGCCAGCUACCCAAGGAGAACGCCCGAUGCAACAAUGGGGAGUACUACAUCAAGUUUCCCAAUGGCGCUCCUGACUUCAACUGGUUCACGCUCGAGCUCCAGAGGGUCAAUGGCUCAAUCCCUGAAGAUGGUCAUGUCUUGCUGAGUUCGAACGCAAAUGGCGCCGCGCCUGGAACCAAGUGGAUUUGUGUGAAUGACCCGGAGCCAGGCAUUGAAAUCAGCUGCUCUUAUGAUGGGGUUCUUCAGAUGGACGUUUCUUAA